CGACUUUUAUUGUCAAAAGCGACUAGCGACAAAGCUAGCGACUUUUUCCGGUGUUGUUGGAGACUGGUGUUUUGGAGACUGACGUGAAAGCACGGAUCGUUUGGGAGUACUGCCAGAGAACGUCUACUGUCCUCAAAGAGCAGCGUCUGCUGCCGUGAACUCCUCCACCGUCCCAAAGCACUCACAGAACGGAAUUUACGUCAGUGGAGAGGCUGAACCAACAUGGCGGCUGUCAUGAGAAUCUUCAAUAGAGGUGUUUUUAAUUGUAGAAUGGGUCAUCAAUGCUUAGCUUUGAGUACCACUACUUCGGUAGCAGUGGUGAAAUCAGUUGGUGUGACAGCAGAGAAAGCUCUCCCAGAGAGAGUAAAAAUAGUUGAGGUUGGACCCAGAGAUGGUCUUCAAAAUGAGAAGACCAUAGUUCCUGCUGAAGUAAAGAUUUGCCUCAUUGACAUGUUGUCAGAUUCAGGACUCUCUGUCAUUGAAGCAACAAGCUUCGUCUCCCCAAAAUGGGUUCCACAGAUGGCAGACCAGGUGGAGGUGAUGAAAGGCAUAAACAAGAAACCAGGUGUGUCCUAUCCUGUACUGACCCCCAAUCUCAAGGGCUUCCAAGCCGCUGUAAAGGCAGGGGCAGGAGAGGUGGCCAUAUUUGGCGCUGCAUCUGAGUUGUUCAGCAAGAAAAACAUCAAUUGCUCUGUGGAGGAGAGCCUGCAACGUUUUGAGGAGGUCACCAAGGCAGCCAAGGAAGCCGGUGUGCCAGUCCGGGGGUAUGUGUCAUGCGUACUGGGGUGUCCAUAUGAGGGCAAUGUGGCACCAGAGAAAGUAGCACAGGUAGCCAAGCGUCUGUACUCCAUGGGUUGCUAUGAGAUCUCUCUGGGCGACACCAUUGGUGUAGGCACACCUGGGGGCAUGAUUGAGAUGCUGGAGGCGGUGGUCCAGGAGGUGCCUGUUGGUGCCUUGGCGGUGCACUGCCACGACACGUACGGCCAGGCCCUGGCUAACAUCCUCAUUGCUCUGCAGAUGGGCAUCAGUGUGGUGGACUCCUCAGUGGCUGGUUUAGGUGGGUGCCCAUAUGCACAGGGGGCGUCCGGGAAUGUGGCUACUGAGGACGUGGUCUAUAUGCUUCAUGGACUUGGUAUUCAUACAGGAGUGGACCUUCCCAAGCUUAUGGAUGCUGGAGCUUUCAUAUGUCGUUCCCUGAACAGAAAGACCAGCUCCAAAGUGGCACAAGCCACCUGCAAACUCUGAACGUGGACUCUCAAAGCCCUUUCAAAAGGAUACAUCAACGAGUAUGUCAAGUAAAGAUCAUGGCAAACAAAAGAACACAUGGGCCACCUUUAAUGACUUUAAUCUGAAAAUUACAUUAUAGUUAAAUCUAUCUGAAAUAACUACAAAAAUGUCUCUUUAGACAUUGCUGAUCACUGGUGCCUUAUCAUUGCGGUCAUGUCUUUCAUGUUUGUGGUGCAUGUUUUGCUCCAAUUCCUGUGUACUGUAUGGUCAUUACAUUACUUUACGGCUUUCUUUUUCUUGCUGUGACUUGCUGUGCCUGUAAACCAGUCUCAAGUCCUACAGUAUACGGACACUUCUGGGGAUUGGCAGCAUGCCUUUCCUCUGACACUUGAUAGAGAGUAUAGUAAUUCUUGUCUGCAAAUGAUAUCGCAACUGGGAGACAUUAAGUCAAGGAGAUGGCGUUUGACUAAAUGGGUAAUUUUGGUUAAUGUUGUACUAGUGUACAUCAGUGGGUAUCCAUGUUAGCCAAACAAAAUGUUAAUGGCAGUGUUCAACUUUGUCAUUGGGCAUUGGGUGUAGAACCAUUGUUUCAUUUUGUUUGAAUAAUCAUCCGUCACUUUUGAUAUCUGAAUGAUUUUCUUAUUGGUUUUACUGUUUGUAAUAAAUACUGUGUAAAUAUUUAUUGUAAAAGGUUGCACUUUCCAUUGAGUUUAUUAGACAUGUUACCUUUAAAUGAAAAAAAAUAAUACUUUGCUUUACUUUAGAAAUACAUAACUGUUUGUUGAAAGUUGUUUGUUUAUUCAAACAGUUCUAAUUCUUCCUAGCUGCAAAUGAAUCAUACUGGUGAAAGGGGAUCAGACUGUAGGCCAUGUUUAAAGUAAUUAUGGAUUUGGGACUAUAUGGUACUGAUAAGUAAUACUUGUACCAUUGCAAGGUAAAAGCGAAAUAAACAAAAAAAAAACAUUUA